AUGAGGGAGAGAUGUGACUGGGAUAUAUGUGGAGGAGGAGGAGGAAGCAAGACGAGGCAGGGAGGUAUGCUCCUCUGCUGCUGCUGCUGAAAAUCCAUUUUGGCUCCUCAUGCACGUCCUUCGCUCCAGCACAACGACGAGCUGCUUUAAAAACUCCCAGCUGUGCACAUUUUCUCCCUCUCUCCAUGCUGACUCUCCAUCAGAGAGGAGGAAGCUCUGCAGACCGUCUGUCCUCUCCACAACACACCCCUUUCACGUCUUCUGAGACUUCGUAAGGACCUCAACGUGUGGUGACUGGUGACAGCUGAGCCUGUGCAUCUGUCUGAAAUUCAGGACUAUUUCCGGAGUGUGUCUGGCUUGUUUCAUCAAAGCUGCAUUGUGUGUUCACUGGAGAAAUGAGGGCUGAGGUGCUGGUCAUCUGGGUUGGUCUGACCCUGUGCUGCACCCUGGUCUGUGCUCGAGAAGAUGCUAAGGAGAACAAACUCUCCAGAAGCCAGACUCAGGUGAGAGACGCUCGAGGACUUGUCAAGCACAGGAGACAGGGGGAGGAAGGACACACUGGGAUGUCAGACGAGCCAGCUGAAGUGGUGUUAGAGGAGAAGACAAAACCAAAGAAGAAGAAAACACCUGAGGAAAUUGAGGCAGCCAGAGCAAAGAAAGCAGCGGAGAAGGAAGCCAAGGCAAAGAAGCAGAAAGCCCCCAAGCCCACCAAAAAGCCCAAAGCCCCCAAACCCACCAAAAAACCCAAAGCACCAAAACCAACAAAGAAGCCAAAAGCGGCCAAAGUCACAAAGAAGCCAAAGACAACUACGACAGCACAGCCAGUCACCAGGCACCCUGCUGUGGAGGAGGAGAAGCUGCUGCUUGAACUGGGCUGGGACACACGUACGUGCACAGACUCGUGGUUUUGA